AUGCAAAUCAUCUCAGUCCAACCAACGGGAGCGUCACUCUACGGGAAACUCAGCGACGCGACACCAUCAACAGCCUCCAGAACGAAGAAAGGGAAGAACUCUAAAUUGCGCGGAUGGAAAGGAUCUUUUGCCAAACUCAAUCCGACUAGGACCCUUCAAAUAUGGUCCCCAUUAAAGGAGAGGAAAUCAAAAAACAAAGCCAGCUUGGCGACGUUAACCCUUCAAGACAUCAACGGGUGGACUGACGCUCAGGGGCGUUCCCCCUCGGGAACGAUCGACCAAGCCGCUACGGAAUAUCUAGGCCAACGACCACAAGCGGGGUUACUGGAGGGGGAGAUGCUUACCUCCGCUCACUGA